GGCGCCCCGCGCUGAGGGGAGCGGCGGGCACGGCGAGGAGCGGGGACGCACACGUAGCGCCGCGCUGGAGGCGGUGGUCCCAAGUGCGCCCACGGCGUGGGUCCCGGUAGGAGGCUGCUCCUCCCACCGGCCCCCGGCGGCAGGUGGAUGAGUGCUGGGCCUCGAUUGGCGACGCCUCGUCUCGGCGCGCCGCCAUCGGGCACGUGAAAUGGCAGCAGAUGACAAGCGGUCUCCGACACUGGACUCUACUAGUGAUCUACCUCGUUCUCCUAGCAGUCCAUCUCAUCUCACUCACUUCAAACCCCUGACUCCUGACCAGGAUGAGCCUCCUUUUAAAUCAGCCUACAGCUCUUUUGUAAAUCUUUUCCGUUUCAGCAAGGAUGAUGGCAGGCUUUCAUCCCCAGCGGAGAGAGCAGAAGCAGCACAGGCUGAUCCGCAGGCACUGAGUGGUGGCUGGUCCAGUCCUCAACAUCCCCCCAGGGCUCAGUCUCUGAGGUCACCGGUUCCGUACAAAAAACAACUAACUAGUGAGCUGCAAAGAAGAUCUUCCUCAACCCUAGACAAUCGAAGGAAAGUGGAACCUCCUCUUGGAGGUCAUGAUCCUCGAACAGCAGUUCAGUUAAGAAGCCUCAGCACUGUCUUAAAGCGCCUCAAAGAAAUCAUGGAAGGGAAGAGCCAGGACAGUGACUUGAAACAGUACUGGAUGCCUGACAGCCAGUGCAAAGAAUGCUAUGACUGUAGUGAGAAGUUCACCACCUUCCGUCGGAGACACCACUGUCGACUUUGUGGGCAGAUCUUCUGUAGUAGAUGCUGCAAUCAAGAAAUCCCUGGAAAAUUCAUGGGCUACACAGGGGAUCUCCGAGCCUGUACUUACUGCCGCAAAAUAGCCUUAAGCUAUGCACACUCCACAGAUAGCAAUUCCAUUGGAGAAGAUUUAAAUGCUCUGUCAGAUUCUGCGUGUUCAGUGUCGGUGUUGGAUCCUGGUGAGCCUCGCACUCCAGUUGGGAGCCGUAAAGCGAGCCGCAACAUCUUUCUGGAGGAGGAUCUCACCUGGCAAAGUUUGAUUCACCCAGACUCUUCAACUACAACGUUGUCUGCACGCCUUGGGUCUGUCCAGGAGGAUGCAGGGAAGUCUCCAGCUAGGAAUAGAUCAGCCAGCAUCACUAACCUGUCGCUGGAUCGGUCAGGUUCACCGAUGGUGCCUUCCUAUGAGACAUCCGUCAGCCCCCAGGCCAGUCGCACACAUAUGAAGGCAGAGACCAGCGAGGAUGAGCGCAAAAUCCUUCUGGACUCAGUCCAGCUGAAAGACCUAUGGAAGAAAAUCUGCCAUCACAACAGUGGGAUGGAGUUCCAAGACCAUCGCUACUGGCUGCGGACACAUCCCAACUGCAUUGUGGGAAAAGAGCUGGUGAACUGGCUCAUCAGAAAUGGGCACAUAACCACAAGGGUUCAGGCCAUUGCAAUAGGACAAGCACUAGUUGAUGGACGCUGGCUAGAUUGCGUCAGUCAUCAUGAUCAGCUCUUCAGAGACGAGUAUGCCCUGUACCGACCAUUGCAGAGCACAGAGUUUUCGGAAACCCCCUCUCCAGACAGUGACUCCGUAAACUCUGUAGAGGGGCACUCUGAGCCAUCCUGGUUCAAAGACAUCAAAUUUGAUGACAGUGACACAGAGCAGAUUGCUGAUGAAGGAGAAGAUAACUUGGCCAACUCCGCCAGCCCUAGCAAGCGCACUUCAGUCAGCAGCUUCCAGUCCACAAUGGACAGUGAUUCAGCCGCCUCCAUCAGCCUGAACGUGGAGAUGGACAACGUGAACUUCCAUAUCAAGAAGCACUCCAAGUACCCACAUGUGCCCCCUCACCCUGCCGACCAAAAAGAAUACUUGAAUCCUGACAACGGAGGGCAGCAGAUGUUCUCUAUAAGUGAUGCUUUUAUUAAAGAAUCGUUAUUCAACAGGAGGGUGGAGGAGAAGUCCAAAGAACUCUUUUUCACACCCCUAGGCUGGCACCACAGCAAUCUGGAUCUGCUGAGAGAGGAGAAUGGGGAGAAACAAGCCAUGGAAAGGCUGCUCUCUGCUAACCACAACCACAUGAUGGCACUGCUUCAGCAACUUCUCUACAAUGAGUCCCUGUCACUGUCAUGGAGGGAUAUCAUUGUACCUGUGGUCUGUCAGGUAGUUCAAACUGUACGACCUGAUGUCAAGAAUAGAGAUGAUGACAUGGAUAUCCGCCAGUUUGUCCACAUCAAAAAAAUCCCUGGUGGAAAGAAGUUUGACUCCAUGGUGGUGAAUGGAUUUGUAUGCACUAAGAAUGUUGCACACAAAAAGAUGAACUCUUGCAUAAAAAAUCCCAAAAUUCUUCUGCUGAAGUGCUCAAUAGAGUAUCUCUAUCGAGAAGAAACAAAAUUUACCUGCAUAGACCCUAUAGUACUUCAGGAGAGGGAGUUCCUGAAGAACUAUGUGCAGCGGAUAGUUGAUGUCAGGCCUAAUUUGGUCCUUGUUGAAAAGACUGUGUCUCGAAUUGCCCAGGACAUGCUGCUUGAACAUGGUAUCACUCUAGUCAUCAAUGUCAAGCCACAAGUGUUAGACCGAGUAAGUCGAAUGACCCAGGGAGACUUGGUGAUGUCAAUGGAUCAACUGUUGACAAAGCCACGUUUGGGGACCUGUCAUAAAUUUUACAUGCAAGUGUUUCAAUUGCCCUAUGAUCAAACAAAAACUCUAAUGUUCUUUGAAGGGUGUCCCCAGCACCUGGGUUGCACUAUCAAGUUGUGUGGUGCUGCAGAGUAUGAGCUGGCCCGUGUGAAGGAGAUCUUGAUCUUCAUGAUCUGUGUGGCUUAUCAUUCCCAGCUGGAAAUCUCUUUCCUUAUGGAUGAGUUUGCCAUGCCCCCUACUCUCACCAAAAAUGCUUCCUUUCACUCCCUUAUUGAGGAGCCAGGAGAUGAAAACGAACAACAGGACCUAUUCAAUGGCGAGGAUUUCAGCACGGCAAUUAGAGACAUUGAACCCUCAGCUGAAAAGCUUCCUGUGAUCUCCGAGUCAGUGUCAUCUGAUGCGGUCACCUUGCUUGAACAAAGAGGUUUAUUUGAGAGAAGUGACCAAGAGAACAGUCAGCUGGAAACAAUGCCCUCAAAACAGCAAGAGCACCACAAAAUGGAGUCAUCAUUUCCAGUGUUUUGCUCUGUACCUCCUGCGGUACCUGAAACAUCUCUGCUCCCCAUCCAUUGCAUGGACCAGCACUUGGUGACUCUGGACAGCCAGCCACUAGAGCCUCUUCAGCAGGCGGAUGAUCUGCAGGAGUCCAAGAAUCAGAUGAGAGUCUUCAGAGACCCUCUCCAGGAUGAUACUGGUUUAUAUGUUACGGAAGAGGUAACUUCUUCUGAGGAUCGUCUCAAGAUGUACUCUGCAGCAUUUAAGCAGGAGUUGAAAGAUGUUAUUCUCUGUAUUUCUCCUGUAAUGGUGUUCCGUGAACCGUUUCUAUUGACUGAAAAAGGCAUGAGAUGCCCUGCUCGAGAAUACUUCCCUGAGCAAGUUUAUUGGUCUCCUCUCCUUAAUAAGGAGUACAAGGAGUUGGAGAGUAGAAGGAAGAGACAAUUAUUGCGGGAUCUCUCUGGACUACAAGGAAUGAAUGGGAGUAUCCAAGCCAAGACUAUCCAAAUCUUACCUUCCCAUGAGCUGGUCAGUACUAGAAUAGCAGAGCAUCUGGGUGAUAGCCAGAGUUUAGCCAGAAUGCUGGCUGACUAUCGGGCCAGAGGAGGGAGGAUACUACAGAGAAGCACAGAUCCCUUUGCCCAAAGCAAGGAUGUAUCCAGUGUCCCUACUGGAAAAACUGGAUGCAAAAUUGAAGAGGAUGAGAAAGGACUGGCUCAGAGUGAAUCCUCGUGGUCUCAUAAGGUGGAUUGCUUGAGUCCAGUAAACCAUCAGAGGCUCUGUGUUCUCUUCAGUAGCUCUUCUGCGCAGUCCAGCAAUGCUCCGAGUGCCUGUGUCAGCCCCUGGAUCGUGACCAUGGAAUUCUACGGAAAAAAUGACCUGACUCUAGGGAUUUUUCUGGAGCGCUACUGUUUUCGGCCUUCAUACCAGUGCCCCAGCAUGUUCUGUGAAACACCAAUGGUGCACCACAUUCGUCGCUUUGUACAUGGGCAAGGAUGUGUGCAAAUUGUGUUAAAGGAGCUGGACUCCCCAGUCCCUGGGUACCAGCAUACAAUUCUUACUUAUUCCUGGUGUAGGCUAUGCAAACAGGUGACACCAGUUGUUCCCCUUUCCAGUGAUUCUUGGUCUAUGUCUUUUGCGAAGUACCUUGAGCUGAGGUUCUAUGGGCACCAGUACACGCGAAGGGCCAAUGCAGAGCCUUGUGGUCAUUCCAUUCACCAUGACUAUCACCAGUAUUUUUCUUACAAUCAGAUGGUGGCAUCUUUCAGCUACUCUCCCAUCCGUCUACUUGAAGUAUGUGUCCCACUACCCAAGAUCUAUAUCAAACGGCAGGCUCCGUUAAAAGUUACAAUUUUGCAGGAUCUUAAGGACUUCUCUCAAAAGGUGUCACAAGUAUACCUUGCUGUUGAUGAUCGCCUUGCUUCUCUGAAAACUGACACUUUCAGCAAAACAAGGGAAGAGAAAAUGGAGGAUCUGUUUGCACAAAAGGAGAUGGAAGAGGGGGAAUUUCGAAACUGGACUGAGAAGAUUCAGGCAAGGCUGCUUUCAUCAUCAUUGGACACACCUCAACAGCUUCAAUCUGUUUUUGAGUCUCUGAUUGCUAAAAAGCAAGGACUCUGUGAAAUGCUACAAGCCUGGAAUAAUAGAUUGCAGGAUCUUUUCCAGCAAGAAAAAGGGAGAAAACGCCCCUCAGUACCACCCAGCCCUGGAAGACUGAGGCAAGGUGAAGAAAGCAAGAUCAGCAGCAUGGAUGCUUCCCCGCGCAAUGCUUCUCCAGCACUGCAAAAUGGAGAAAAAGAGGAUCGUUUCCUGACUACUUUAUCAAGUCAGAGCUCCACAGGCUCCACCCAUCUUCAGUUGCCCACUCCUCCAGAGGUUGUGUCUGAACAACUAACAGGUGCCAACACACUUUCUGAACAGGAUACAGCCAGUAGCUCAGAAGAUGUAUUUGAUGGACACUCACUGGGAUCUACUGACAGCCAAGUGAAAGAGAAGUCUACUAUGAAAGCUAUUUUGGCUAACUUAUUGCCUGGGAACAAUUAUAACCCCAUUCCAUUUCCCUUUGACCCAGAUAAGCACUACCUAAUGUAUGAGCAUGAACGUGUACCUAUUGCAGUCUGUGAGAAAGAACCAAGCUCCAUCAUAGCUUUUGCUCUCAGUUGCAAGGAAUACAGAAAUGCCUUGGAUGAGCUGUCCAAAGCAUCUCCAAAAAAUGGUUCUGAAGAAGGACUACAGCCAAACAGUAUGUCAGAUGGCAAACCUAAGAGCGGUAGCCCUGUCCGCCUGCCUGAGGCUAACUUGGGUCCUUCAAAUCGUGCUGCUGAACUGGAACAACCAAAGAAACCAUCUAGUGUUUUGUCUUUCUUCCGUGGCACGGGAGGAAAGAGCCCAGACCUGUCUUCCCAGAAGAAGGAGACCUUACGUGGUGCUGACAGCGCCUAUUACCAGGUUGGACAGAUGGGUAAAGAGGGAGCAGAGAACCAAGGAGCAGAGCCACAAGAUGAGGUGGAUGGAGGAGAUGGACAGAAGAAACAGCUGGUGAAUCCCCAUGUGGAACUCCAGUUUUCAGAUGCAAAUGCCAAGUUCUACUGCAGGAUUUAUUAUGCUGGUGAAUUUCACAAGAUGCGUGAAGUGAUUCUGGGGAGCAGUGAAGAGGACUUCAUCCGCUCCCUCUCUCACUCAAUGCCCUGGCAGGCACGAGGUGGCAAAUCUGGGGCUGCAUUCUAUGUGACUGAAGAUGAUAGAUUCAUCUUGAAGCAGAUGCCUCGCCUGGAAGUCCAGUCAUUCCUCGACUUUGCUCCACACUACUUCACUUACAUCAUUAAUGCAGUUCAGCAGAAGAAGCCCACAGCACUGGCCAAAAUCCUUGGGGUAUAUCGAAUUGGGUACAAGAACUCUCAAAAUAACACUGAGAAGAAACUGGAUCUGCUUGUCAUGGAAAACCUUUUCUACGGAAGGAAAAUGGCUCAGGUUUUUGACCUGAAGGGCUCCCUCCGGAAUAGAAAUGUUAAAACAGACACGGGGAAAGAAAGCUGUGAUGUAGUCCUACUGGAUGAGAACCUUCUGAAGAUGGUCCGGGACAACCCUUUGUAUAUCCGUUCUCAUUGCAAGGCUGUGCUGAGAGCUUCUAUACACAGUGAUUCUCAAUUCCUCUCCAGCCACCUCAUCAUAGACUAUUCCCUGCUUGUGGGUCGUGAUGAUACAAGCAAUGAGCUGGUUGUUGGGAUCAUUGACUAUAUUCGCACUUUUACCUGGGACAAAAAGCUUGAAAUGGUGGUGAAGUCAACUGGCAUCUUGGGAGGACAAGGUAAGAUGCCAACUGUGGUCUCUCCAGAACUGUACCGGACCAGGUUUUGUGAAGCUAUGGACAAGUAUUUCCUCAUGGUGCCAGACCAUUGGACAGGGCUUGGCCUGAAUUGCUAAACUAAAGCCCAUAUUGGCAAAGCACAAGAGGACAGUGGUGUUACAGGUCACUCUCUUUCUGUGGUCUGUCCAGCAGUAAGCAAGAGGAUUCCAUGUCUGCACUGACCAUGUGCGUCACGUUGCAAAGUGUGAAAUUUGCUUGUUGCACUUUAAUCCUCUCUUGAAGGCUGAUGAGUGAGCCAGUCUCAUCAAGGAUCUAAGCUGUAAGGUACCACUGAAGAGCACUGAUAAGAGACUUUCCCUCUGUCAGUAGGGAAGGUGGUGGUAUCUCCAUGUAUGAGCACUGUAAACAACACUAUCUCAUUCAUGGUGGUACAGAAGUACACGAUCUCUGUAAGUCUUGCACUCCUUAAUUGGUGUUGAGUAUGAGUAGCUCAUGUUUCUGUAGUGGAUGUGUGGUACUGCAAAUGUGAAAUAACCACUCCUGCCCCAUGUGGGUGGGUGAAAGGAGAAUCAAGUUAAUUCUGAAGUUAUGCCAUUGUUGCAGUGAUCUGUAGUUGACCUGUUUGGGACCCAAGAAUAACUUAUGCUCAUGGUUCUUUUUUUUUUUUUAAAGACAGCUCCACAGCUUUGAUGCCGUAGCUCUCUAAAUCACUGCAGUUUGUAAGUUACAGUACUGCAGUACACAUCUGUCUCUGCUAUAAUUUGAUUUUUAGCAGAAUCCCAUGCAAAUGGGUUGCCAGUAAUCAGCAUACUGCAGAUCUCAAAAUGUAUCCCUUCAAUCCUAAAUAAGAAUUCAAUCUGAAUAUUGCCCAGCUCCUUGGAAACAGGUAGCUAAAACCAUACCCUUCUUUGUAAGAAGGCUCAGUUAUAGUUACAAAGCUGGAUAACUGUUCCCUUAGCAGAAGGCAUCCAAUUGCUAGAUGGAAUGUAUGCUAUCUUACAUGGACAACUUUCUCCUUAAUGAAACCAUUGUUCCUGGCAGAUCACUUCAAAUCCAUUUCAGUUUCCAAGGCCUUUCAAACAGUGAAACAAUGCAUUUACCUCAUGGUGAAAUUUUGCCAGGAGAAUGCUUUUCUUGUAUUUGUGAUGUGUUGAUGAGAAUAAGCAUUUCGAUCUUAUAUAACUGUUGAUCUUAUGUAAAACCUCUUUUCAGCAGUAUUAGACUUUUCCUUUUUGCACCACUGAGAUGAUGAAUGUAGUCUUCUGUAAAAUGAAAAACCUGAACUAACAAGUAUUUUGUAUGGUGGUUGAGAUGUGCAGAGACCUGAGAAUCUCUACAUUAUGACAAUAAGCAGUUCUUUCCGUUUUUAUUAUUUUUUACCUGUUUUUGUAGGUGGCAAGUUUACUUUUUAGCUUCAGAAUAAUACAGGCCAGUAAAUAAGAAUUUAUUUUUUUACGUGAGUUUGAGAGGCAAGAAUAGUGUCCUCGGACUUCCAGUCCCUGGUGGAAGGACUGACUUCAAACAUGGAGUCUAGGACAGUGUAGCUCUUUAUGAAUUACUCAUUCUGACCAAUUGGUUGUCUAGUAAUGCCAUCUUCACUGUAACUGUGAGUCAAAAUGUGCAUUUUGUUCACUCUUUCUCCCGUGUUCAGUAUUUUCUUCUGCAGAAGAUGGUUGUGGUUCUGUUCCAGAGUGACAUCUGGGCAGCACCGAAAAGAAAAUGACUGAAAACUGAGCUGUUGGCUUUGAAAGCAACCAGUGCAGCUCAGAUCUGGGCUGCUACGAUGCAACAGUCAUUUGUAUUGGAAGUCUUCCCCUUCCCUCACCCGCACUGCAAGGCAUUUCUGAAUGAUGAGCGAAGAUGCUGACCUUGAAGCAGCAGAAAUGAAAGUAUUCUCACUUCCUCUGUCUAAUGUAAUCAGUUUCUGGGGAUGUAGUGUGGAAAGCUGCAGUGAUGUGUGCUGUGGAAAGAUGAUACAGUAGUGCUUGAUUUCUCUGGCACAGAAUCACUCUAGUUCAGUACAGUGCUUCGGGUGAAGAUUACCUCUGGAACACAUCUUGUCUCCUAUGUUGAUACGCACUCCUAAGCUGGUUUGUUUUGUGUUGUAGGGCCUCGUGUAAUGAGGAAUCAACCUAUCCAUCAGCUCAGUGCUAAUCGUUUUUGUGGCUGUGACCUUCUGUCUUGGUCUAUUGAUGUAGAAGAAAGAGCGUGACAUGUAGCCUGAAUCUCUUCUGGUCUCCAUUACAGUUUACAUGUGUUCUUUUUCAUUCCCCUUCUAAAGUUUACAGGGAAAAAUUUGUCUUGCCUGAAAUCUAAAGUAACCCAACCUUAGUCAGUAUGUGCAGUGGCUGGUGGACCAUGAGUUUGGGCAGCGUCAUGACUUCUGCACUAAGCUGAUGUAGAGCUGGGAUGUGCUAGCUCUUUUUUGUCACCAGUAACCCUUACUCCAGAGUGGUAUGUGGCUGUUCUGUACUGCUUGUCUUCCAGAGUCUGAAGCAGCUGGCUGUUUUAAAAACAACAACAACAACAACAACAACAACAAAACAACCUGAUCAUGUGAUUUGUAGCUAGUGUUCCCCUGUAUGUGAUAGUAUGAGGCCAUUGGCUGUGUACAAAAUGAGAGAACCUUCCACUCUGGCCAGCUGUUUUGCAGCCUGUGAAUGCAGAGCCUGGGUGUGUGAAUUGCAGCGUUCUUGGGCUAGAGUCAUAGCGGUUGGAGAGACUUGUAAGAAUGAUCUUGGUCUGGAGUCAGUGGCUAGACUUUAGGUAUAGUCAUGGGUAAAACUGUAGUGUUACCUGGAAUUGGGACAUCUUUGGGUGCCACGUAACCUGAAGUGGUAAGCAUUUCUAGUUCAAAUCCCAAAAGCUGGACAGAUCUCUCCAGAUGUUCCCUUUUCAGAAUAAGAAUUGUCCUUGCAUUUCACUUGCUACAAAGCUGGAUUUCUAAGAAAAACAAUACUUUUUGCAGAAGAUAAAUUUGAGACCUCUUUGUUAGAGCUGUUUGUUGCAGCAUAUGCAAGAAAAGGAAACAGCCUGUCCUAAGGGAACAGCCUGGGUGUUAAACGAGCCUUUUGAUUAGAGUAUUUUAUUUCUGUUUAACACAAAUUUUGUAUGUGUGUAAGCAAAAUCUAGUUGUGAAUGCAAAGACAGCAUCUUUUCAGAGUUACGCCGGCUAUUCUGUUUUGAUCUGAGGCCUUGUGACAGACAUCUAAAUCUUGUCCCAGUCAGAAGUGAUGACUUGCUUGGAAUCACAUAGAUGGCAGAAUGUCUUGCUGUGACCCAGGGCUGCAUUCUGUCCCCAAAGGCGUUCACAAGGGACUCUUGCUGGUUAAGGAGCUCCACUGGGCUCAGGUAGAGUUCCAUGUGGAAUGAAUGGUCUGUCCUCUGUGAGAAUGACCAAAACCCAAUUAAUCACUCACUGGUAGGAGGCUGGACUACUCAUUAUUCGAAGCACUUAAUGUAUCAUAAUGUAUGUAUUUCUAAUCUAUGUUGGUUUAACUGUAUUUUAUAAAAUUGAUGUACUAAACUAUUUGAGAGUAACUACCUUGAUUACUUGGAGAAUCAAAAUGUAAUGUAUAUAGAUAAAAAAUAAAAAUAAAGUGACUAGAAUAUA